AUGGUUUCAACGCGUUCUUCUCGGCGGUCUGCCGGAGAUGAGGCCAACGGUAUAUCUAAUGGUACUCCCACCCGCGGCUUCAAGCAAUCGAACGGCCACGCCAAUGGGCACCCUAAUGGCGCCCUGAAUGGCACUCUUCGUUCGUUCAAUGAAAAGACUGAUCGCUCACGAUGGCGAUUACUCGACGAACAAGGAAGACACACAUGGCACUACCUCGAAACAGAUGAGCAGGUCAAAGAAUGGCCGCAGACCACUGCAGACAAGUUCCACUUGGGCCUCGAAACCGGCCUUCCUCUAUUGCCUCGAGCUACGAAGCCCUCCGAAUCUGUGAGAAACUGCCUCGAGUUCUAUUCUAAGCUGCAGUUGCCCGCUGGCCACUGGGCCUGCGAGUACGGAGGGCCUCACUUUCUGAUCCCGGGAAUUGUGUUUGCAUGGUACGCGACCAAAACUCCCAUCUCGGAACCGUAUCGCAUAGAGAUGAAGAAUUAUAUUUUUGCAACGCAACGAAAGGAUGGUGGCUGGGGUCUACACACUGAGGGGGAGUCGUCUGUCUUUGGUACCGGCAUGUACUAUGUCGUUCUCCGCAUUCUCGAGGCAAGUGAAGAAGAUCCGAGAAUGAUCAAGGCCAGAGGUCUUCUCCACUCUAUGGGCGGGGCCGUGAAUGGGCCUCACUGGCUCAAAUUCUGGUUCAGUGUUCUCGGAAUCACCUCCUGGGACAUUGUCAAUCCUGUCCCUCCUGAGCUGUGGCUUCUCCCCGACUGGACCCCAAUCUCACCUUGGCGAUGGUGGAUACAUAUGAGACAGGUCUUUCUCGCCAUGAGCUUUACAUGGGGACAGCGAUGGGUUAUGGAAGAAACUCCUCUCAUUCGACAGCUUCGCCAGGAAGUCUUUACGGAGCCCUACGAAUCCAUCGACUUCGCUGGCCACCGGAACAGCAUCUCCGCUUUCGACAACUAUCACCCAAAGUCUUGGGUUCUCAAUUUAAUCAACCUGAUCCUCAUUUGGAUCUGGUAUCCGUUAUUGUGUCCCGCCUCUAUCAAGAAGCGAGCACAGGACUGGACAUGGCGACUUAUCCAGUACGAGGACGCCAACACUGACUGGGCCGAUCUCGCCCCUGUCAAUGCACCAAUGAACACGCUUGCUUGCUACAUCAAGGAGGGACCGGAAUCGUUCUCAUUCCAGCGGCAUCUCUACCGACUUCACGAUUACUGCUGGAUGAACAAAGAUGGCAUGCUCGUCAACGGCACCAAUGGCGUUCAAGUCUGGGACACAGCUUUCACUAUUCAAGCAGUUGUUGAGGCAGGUCUUGCCCAUAACUCAAGGUGGCAACCAAUGCUUGAGACUGCUCAGCGAUAUCUUGAAACCCAGCAGAUCACGUCCGAAGUCGAAGACCAGGAGAUUUGUUACCGCCAGUCCCGGAAAGGUGCCUGGCCUUUCAGUACCAAGGUCCAAGGCUAUACAGUAAGUGAUUGUACCGCUGAAGGCCUGCGUGCCAUCUUGCUUCUCCAAAAGGAAGAAGGCUAUGGACAAGUCCUACCUGAAGAGCGGAUUCGUUGGGCCGUUGACUUGCUGCUCAGCAUGCAGAACAAGCACUCUGGUGGGUUUUCCUCGUACGAGAUCCAGCGAGGAUCCGAGCGACUAGAGCUGCUCAACGCCGCAGAGGUUUUUGGAAACAUCAUGGUCGAAUAUGACUACCCAGAGUGCACCACUGCUGUGGUCACCGUCCUCUCCCUUUUUCAGAAGCACUCCGACUAUCGCAAAGAUGAGAUCAUUCGUAUCAAAAAGGAGGCUGUGGCUUACAUCAAGCGCGCCCAGCGCAAGGACGGUAGCUGGUACGGCAAUUGGGGUGUGUGCUUUACUUAUUGCGCCAUGUUCGCUCUCGAGUCGUUGUCAAGCAUCGGCGAGACGUACGCAACUAGUGAGAACGCGCGCAAGGGUUGCCAGUUCCUUAUUGACCGGCAGAUGGAGGAUGGUGGGUGGGGCGAGAGCUAUCUUUCCAGCCAUGAACGCCGAUGGGUGGACAACGAAAGGAGCCAAGUCGUCCAUACCGCUUGGACGUGCAUCGCUCUGAUGUACGCAGAGUAUCCUGACAAGGAGCCCAUCAAGCGUGGCUUGACCAUGAUCAUGAAGAGGCAGCGACAGAAUGGCGAAUGGCUACAAGAGGCUAUAGAGGGAGUGUUCAACAAUUCCUGCAUGAUCACUUAUCCGAACUACAAAUUCUACUUCCCCAUUAAGGCCUUUGGCAUGUACAUGCGGAGAAUUGGGGAUGAAGCCUUGCUUUGA